AUGCUGAGGUAAUAGGAGCUUGAAAGACCCGACUCACCGCCCAAGCUUGCGGCGACGGGUACUUGCUCCGUUUGCUCGGUGGGGGACGCGAACCGACCUGCACAAACAGCAAUAGGCUUCUCUUACUUUCAACCGCCUGGUGACUUGAUCCUAACUCCUGCACCUCUGAAGAGAGUUUCUCGCUCUAGAACUAGAACGGUAAUAUUCGUCAACCACUACGGUUGGUAUCGCCAACAUCUCGACCUACGCAGAGAUGGCUUGGGCCCAGGUGGACGAAGAGCAGGAUGACUUCUUCUCAUGCGACGAGCUGGAUGUGUCUUCUAUGUCGGGAGAUGAGGAAAAGUGCACCAUGGACAACGAACGGUGCGAUGAAGACAACGAGUCCGACGUGGACGCUGACAUUCCGCGCGCACAUGGCCCCAAGACGACUUCAGAGAAGCGCAGAGCACAGAACGAGUUGAUGAGAGCUUUUGCCGCUAACCUUAGUUCUCACAUAACACAGAAAGAGUUCGAGGAAGCCACGUCGAAGAGCGGCAACGAAGAGCAACUUUCUAUCCGCGAUAUCCUUGCGAAACAGGAAUCGACCGUCCGUAUCACCAACCCCCGUGACUACCAGACUGAGCUCUUUCAGAGAGCCAAGGGCGAGAACAUCAUCGCGGUGUUGGAUACCGGCUCCGGCAAGACCCACAUUGCAACUCUCCUACUCAGACACAUCCUGGAUGAAGAGCUUGAAAGUCGAGCCAGAGGCGGCAUGCACAAAACAGCUUUUUUCCUUGUCGAUUCGGUCAACCUAGUAUUCCAGCAAGCCAACGUCCUGCGAUGCGGUCUCGACCAGAGCGUCGAAGGCAUCUGUGGAGCCACGGGUGCAUCCUUGUGGUGCAAGUCAACUUGGCAAAAGCACUUUGCAAACAACAUGGUUAUCAUCUGCACGGCCGAGGUCCUUGUUCAGUGUAUGAUGCAUUCGUUUAUCAGCAUGGCUAAGAUCAACCUUCUUAUCUUUGAUGAAGCCCACCACGCGAAGAGCAACCACCCCUAUGCUCGCCUCAUGAAAGGCUAUUAUGCGCAGAAUCCUGACACUGGAAACCGACCUCGAAUUUUCGGCAUGACUGCUUCGCCAGUAGACGUUAAAGGAUUGUCAUCUGAACAUAUCAGAGAAGCAGCUAGCAACCUUGAGAAGUUGCUUCAUGCUAAAAUUGCCACCGCCACCGACAGCACGCUUGCCUCGAACAGCAUUAGUCGACCAGAUGAAGAGGUUGCAGUUUAUGCAAGGCUGCAAAGCGAGUACGAAACCCCUUUUCACCAAGAAGUAAAAGCUAGGUAUGGUGACGUGACGGCUUUCCGGAAGUUUUUUAUAGCUUCCAAGCGAAUUGGCAGUGAUCUUGGGUGCUGGGCCUCCGACAUGUACUGGUCUUUUGCCUUUGCGGAUGAGCAGAGUUCCAAACUUCAGAACCGUGAACAAUCCAAGUACAAUAAGGCCAAGAAGGACGACUCUCAGGAGGAUUGGGACCGCAAAAUUAAGCGACUACAAGAGGCAGCGGAGUUCGUCCAGCAACACAGUUUCGGCUCACCUACCCUCAGCGAUCAGGAUGUGAGCUCAAAGGUCCAAAAACUUCACUACUGGCUUAAUCGAUACUACGAACGAAGUGACGAGGCUCGAUGUAUUGUUUUCGUCGAGCAACGACAAACGGCCCGGUUGCUGAAACUCCUAUUUGGGCAUAUUGGUGGCCCCAACCUCCAUUGUGACGUUCUGGUUGGCGUCAACAAUCGCGCUGGCGAGCAAAACGUGUCCCUACGGAAUCAGAUCCUGACACUAGCCAAAUUCCGGCGCGGAGAUUUGAACUGUUUGUUUGCUACAUCAGUUGGCGAGGAGGGACUCGAUAUACCCAAAUGUAACCUAGUGGUUAGAUUCGACUUAUAUCGAACUAUGAUUGCAUAUGUGCAAUCUAGAGGCCGAGCCCGUCAUUAUAACUCCAAGUACCUGCACAUGCUCGAAGCCGGCAAUAACGACCACAGGCAGAGAGUUAUGGACGUUCGGUAUGACGAGCAAGUGAUGAGAACUUUUUGCAGGGGUCUCUCAAACGAUCGCAAUACUGUUGAGUACGACACGGAUGGCAGCGAACUACUGGAGUUCCAGGAUAAAUUGUUCCCAAGUUUUGCGGAUCCUGAGUCCGGUGCAAGACUGACAUAUUGUUCAAGUUUAUCCGUUCUUAACCACUUCGUCGCGACAUGGCCUUACCCGAACCAUGCAACUAUGCAACAGCCAAACUACGUCAUUUGUCCUGAAGCUAAUCACGAUCAUCGUGACCCUCAGCGGAGAGGCUUUGUAUGCGAGGUUAUACUGCCAGAGGGCUCACCUGUCACAUCCAUUAGAGGGGAAGUUCAGGGGAAGAAGGCAAUCGCCAGGUGCUCGGCGGCUUUCGAGAUGUGCCUCGAACUUCGUCGGAAGGGCUUCUUGAAUGAAUACCUACUUCCCUCAAACUACAAACUAGCUCCGACCAAUGCAAAUGCACGUUGGGCAGUGAGCGAGAAACAUAGGGGCAAGUUUCCGAUGCUCAUCAAACCAAGCUUUUGGAAGCAGAGUCGCGAUAGCGUCCCUGAACGCUUAUAUCUCACCGUGGUUGACCUCGAUGCAUUGGACCGAUUCCACCAGCCUCUGGGAAUUCUCACGCGAAAUCCGUUACCGCAACUACCGAGCUUCCCCGUCUACCUCACUGACGGUAGAGCUUCGAACAUUGUCUCUCAGCCCUGUGCUACACCUCUUCCGCUUACCACGGAAACUUUGGAUGUUCUCACAAAGUUCACCUUGCAGCUCUAUGAGGAUGUAUACAAUAAGGUAUAUGAUUACGAUAUUCGCAAAAUGUCGUAUUGGCUCGUCCCAGUCCUCCCAAGUCGAGGUUCGCCACCUUUCACGAAACUCGAACAGAUCCUGGACAUGGAACAAAUAUGGAAGGUCUACAAGCUGCCUACGUGGCAAUGGGAAUCCGGAACAAAAGCAGAAGAUCUGAUUGACAGGUACUUUGUGGAUCCCAUGAAUGGAGGUCGACGUUAUUACUCGGAUCGCCUGGCACCGCACCUCAGACCCCAAGAUCCAGUGCCUACCCAUAUUCCUCGGCAGAACCACAAGUUUAUGAACAGCAUCCUAGACUAUACUGAUAGUAGAUGGCUCAAGAGUCGAGACAUCUCUAGAUGGGAUCAGUCACAACCAGUACUUGAGGUGGAGAGGAUUUCAUUCCGCCGUAAUCACCUUGCUCGCAUCGAAGACAAAGAGCACAAGGAGCUUGACCACCUGAAGGCCUAUAUUUGCCCACAACCUUUGCGAAUAUCAAAUCUCGCCACUUCCUUUGUUGUGAUGUGCUACGUGCUGCCAGCCGUCAUUCACCGCUUCGAAAGCUAUCUCAUUGCUAUCGAAGCUUGUCAGGCUCUUGACUUGAAGAUCAGCCCGGCUCUAGCACUUGAGGCUUUGACCAAAGACUCUGACAAUUCUGAGGAGCAUGGAGAAGAGCAGAUCAACUUCAAAAGCGGUAUGGGGCCAAACUAUGAGCGCAGUGAGUUCUUAGGUGAUUGCUUUCUCAAAAUGGCUACUUCCAUUUCGGUGUUUGUCCAACAGCCAGACGAAAACGAAUUCGAAUUCCACGUUCGCCGCAUGGAGAUGCUCUGCAAUAAGAACCUCAUGGAGACUGCCGUGGGUAAGAAGAAGGGUGGGUCCGUUGACGACCCGGAGCGUGACCUGCAAAUUUACAAGUACAUCCGUACGGAAGCAUUCUCUCGUCGCACUUGGUAUCCGGAGGGCUUAAAGCUUAUUAAAGGCAAAGGCAUGAACAAGAGUGAAGACGAUUGGCUCAAGCUCACACACAACCUUGGUGACAAGAGCAUUGCCGACGUCUGCGAAGCCUUCAUCGGCGCUGCUUUCAUGGAACACCACAAAGGUGGCCAAUGGAGUCCAAGUGAUUGGAACGAGGCCGUCAAAGCCGUGAAGCUAUUCGUGAAUAGCAAGGAUCACCUCAUGUCCAAGUGGACAGAUUACUACGCGGCGUACCUCAAACCAAAGUACCAAGUUGCCGAUGCAACGGCCGCAAUGGUCGACAUGGCUCGGCAGAUUGAGAGUAAGCACUCCUAUCACUUCAAGUACCCACGUCUAGUUCGGUCGGCUUUCACCCACCCUUCUUACCCCUUCAUGUUCGAAAAUAUUCCCAACUAUCAGCGACUUGAGUUUCUAGGAGACUCACUGCUGGACAUGGCCUUCAUCAUGCAUCUCUUCUACAAGUACCCGGACAAGGAUCCCCAGUGGCUCACUGAGCACAAGACACCGAUGGUAUCCAACAGGUUCCUGGGCGCCGUCUGCGUCAAGUUGGGGUGGCAUACACACCUCAAGCAGAACACUGCCAUCCUCAGUACGCAGAUCCGCGACUACGUCAUGGAAGUCGAGGAAGCCGAGCGCGAAGCCAAUGGAGCAGUAGAUUACUGGGUCAUGGUCAGCGAACCGCCCAAGUGCCUUGCCGACGUGAUCGAAGCCUAUGUCGCAGCCCUGUUUGUGGACUCGGAGUUCGACUUCAACACUGUACAGCACUUUUUCGACCUACAUCUUAUGCCCUUUUUCGUUGACAUGACCCUCGAAUCGUAUGAGACCUUCGCUUCUAACCACCCUACCACACGCCUCAGUCGUCUUCUCUCCAUCACCUUUGGCUGUAGCGAUUGGCGUAUGGGGGCGCUUGAGACCGAGACAAUCAUCCCGGGCAAACACAAGGCGAUUGCAGCGAUGGUAAUCAUUCAUAACAAGGUCCACUUCUAUUCUUUGGGCAAAAGCGGUCGGUAUGCGCGUGUCAGGGCGAGUCAUGCGGCCUUGGAGAAGCUGGAUGGGCUCCCGCCAUACGAGUUUCGGAAGAAGUACGGGUGUGAUUGUAUAGACGAGGGAGAAGGAGAGGGUAAGGCUGGUGAGAUGGUGAUAGAGGUGAUGAAGGAGGCUAUGGGGCCGAACAUGUAG